CAAAACAUUUGCGGGAAACCAGAUUCGUUUGUUGGGCCCUUCUCCAGAGAUUUUUUUCUAGCCUCUGCGAGAUGCAGACAACUAGAUAUGAAGGCGACAGAUCCGAAAUUGCAUGUUUGCAAAGCCACGGCGCCAUGUACAGAGUCGGUGUUUCACCUGUGUUACACGAGUGGCGCGGCCGAAACAGUGCGCGCGAAAAAAAAGGUGUGAUGGCACGGAGCUGUUGGGGCUGGAAUGCAGGGCUCUGUGUGUCCAUGUGCAGCUGGGGCACCGAAUUUCUCCUGCAAACUUCACGAACCCAAUGGCUUCAGUCAAAAAGACGUCACCGUGUACAAGUUCGGUGCAGUUCGGUAGGUGUCGUUGAUGAAGCAACAUGCCAGUGUCGACUGCAAUCACUUCGUUGGCCGGGCGAGAUGACGGAGGAAGGCACUCGCCCGCUGUACGCGGUGCUGGCCGUUCCGCCCAAUGCUACCUCGGACGAAAUCAAGCAGGCCUACAGACGGCUUGCUCUACAGCACCAUCCAGACAAAUGUCAAGGAACAGAUGUGGCCGAAGCCGAAACACUUUUUGCCCGAAUUGCUCUUGCUUAUGAGGUUCUGGGCAACGAGCAGCGAAGAAGGCGCUACGACCUCACAGGGGAGCUGCCGCAAAAUGAUGCUGCAGCAGGUCGUUCAGCGCAAGACACCUUCCUGGCCGAGUACAUGAAGGCGGCUCCCAGGACGGCCCGGGCAGCAACGCAGGCAGAUUACUCCUUGCACAGCUUGGAGAACUACGAGAUCUUGGAGGUAGAUGGCAAAGAUGUUCCAGCCUAUAUGCAUGGAAUUGUUUCCAGAGGAUUGGGAUAUCUUGCUGCAGUCCUUGAAGGUAUGGAGGAGAUGGAAGUAGUCUUGCUUCGACACUUUGUCAUGGACCAGAUGUAUGCAUUGCUGGCCUACACGCCCCCACUGGAUGCCACUGCGUUUAGUGACCGGGGCUAUGUCAUCACUUACUAUGAUGCUCCUUUGCAGGCCGGAAUUCAGCCAUCCUGGUCCGACCAAAAUGGACCUUCAGGACGUUCUGGCAAGGCAGGAGUCUCCCUUUCCGAGUUGAGGGUCGUUGACGGGGAGACGGCCGAGAGACGUCGUCUUGCAGCCCUAGAAUGGGUGGCACCUUCGGCUCCAUCGAAAGAUGUCGAGCGGCUCAAAGUGCCUGGCUCGGGCCUGAGCGAAGAGAGACUUCGGGCAGCGGCCAAGAUGCUCGCCAGACGAGAAGCCGACCUCGGCUCCUUCACAGGUGCUCGCCUGCGAAAGGAGCUUGAGGAGAUGUUGGGGCUGGAAGCUGGCGGCCUGAAGUCCUUUGGAAGCUCGCAAUUGAUGGGCAUCGUCCUCUCAGCCUGUGAUGAAGUCGAGGAGGAGGGCGAGGUUGGCAUUGAGGAAGGUGCAGGCCAGCAACCUGCAGGGCCUAGUGGCCCUAGUUCUGCCCGAGAAGAUAAGGCUGAGGUGCACGCGACGGCGUUGUCGCCUGAACCUUGCUGCAGUGGAAUUCCGUUCUGGCGCCGCUUCUUGGAUGAAGCCCGCGAGCUUCUUCGGGGUCGACUCUGAGGCGGCCAGGAUCUAGUUUUGAGCCAUUUCAAAAAUUUUCAAAAAGGCUGGUUUGUGACUUUAGUGCCUAAGUCUGAAGUUGGAGUCCCCAACAUUUUCCAUGCCGAAUGUGCCUUGCAUUCAGCGUGAAAUGAAAGAGCGCUGGCCAACACCGAGACGCUUCUUACGAUUGCGUGAAGGAAA